CGGGGAGGCGUGCGGGUGUGGAGAGAAACGAGCUCCUCCUGGCUGGACCCGCGGGGGCUGCAGGGACCCGCAGCAGGCGGGGGUGUCCCUCACGGCCUGGUGUCGGUCACGGGCUGCGACACGGUCCUGCGCGGGCUUUCUUGGCAGCCCCCGGGGCGAGAGGCCUGUGGAGCUUCGGGGACGUGGGGAGUGACAUUUCCCGAGCAGCGGAGCCGCAGGCGGGGUAGCCGUCCGCUCCGAGUCCGUCCUCUCCUCCUGCUCCAAGCUGCCCUGCGGUCCUGGAACGGACACUUGAAUCAGCCGUUUUCUGACGGGCUGGCAUUCCGGGAGCAAGAAGGAUGUCGUUGAAGCCAUUUACCUCUCCGUUGCCUGAAACAAGGUUUCUUUGUGCGGGCAGGCUUCUGUACAAGUUUAAAAUCCGGUACGGCAACUUCAACAGCGCUCCUGAUCUCGACAACACUGCAAGUGCUGCCAAGGAGUUAGAGGAAGCGAUUCGAGUCAUCCUUGGAAACCUUGAUGAUUUACAUCCGUUUUCUACAGACCACUUCACUAUCUUUCCGUAUUUGAGUAAAUGGGAGAGAGUAUCGAAGAUGAGAUUCAAACAUGGGAAGGUCCAUCUUGUGCCUUAUCCCUACAUUUGCACUGUGUAUCUAGAACUCAACUCAUUUCAGCAAAACGUAUCUUGUGGUGAAGAAGUAAACAAGGGCAGCGAUGAGCUUGUCAAGAGAAGAAAGGAAGUGUCAGAAAGUCCUGCAGUGGAAGGAAGGGUGAAGAGGAGAAGAGUGGAAGUCGGAGCAGAGACCUCAUGCCCACAGUCGGGUAUGGACAGGUCAGUUGACCGAGUGGUUCACCAUAGGAGUAAAGCAAAGCCUGGAUUUGAAACGAAUUCCUCCAAAGAAAAGGAGCGUGAGUUUAGUCCAGCAUCCCUUACCGCGGGCUGUAACCAAGUGGGUUUCUGGGGACCUGUGGAAUCUCACCUUGAACAAAGAGCAGCAGCCGGUCAGGCUGAGGGUGCAGUGCAGCUACUGCAGCAAACGGACCAAAUGGUGAACAAAGGAAACGUGGAGUCCGAAGGAAGAGGUCUCUCAAAGUUCUGGAGAAGCAUAAUCUUUUCGCCACUACAGCAUCUUUUUGGUGGAAAGAACUGACCUGGAAGUACUAAUAGUUGUGGAAAGGUAAACUUGGAGCAUGAAGGUCGGGUUGUAUUGCUUCUUUUGUAAUUCAGCCUUUCACAUUG